GCGCCUUUUGUCUUUUUAAAUAAAUGUGCACCGCCUCCGGCUGCUGCUGAGCUCAGCCAUCGCACGGUGACAGAUAGUUGUCGGGACGGGGGGGGUAGGUUAUCUCGGAAAUAAUCUGCCCACGCGUUAAGCUGCUUUAUCCCCGCCAAGCCUCAGCCGGACACACGCUGCUGCCGCUCCGCCGCCGCUCGCUGGAAUCCGAGUGGGAGGAGGAGGAAGUGGACACGAGCCGCGCAGAUAAGUUUGGGGAAACCUUCCCAUCGUUCUCCUGCGGACACUUUGUGAACCGGCAGUCAGCAGUCGGCGGGGAGUGCACGCGGAGACCCGACGGCACCCGGAGCUGCACCCGAACCCGCCGCCGCCUCUUCGUCCCGGACGCAGGAGGAAGGACACACGUGCACACGCGCGCGCGCGCGCACGCGUCGGGAUUUUUAACCACAGCGAGGAAAACUGGCAACGGUGGUGUGGGCAUGGAUAACAGCGGAGUUUGGAUAUUCCUGAUAACGACCUGUGUGGUUCCAGGAAUAAAUUGCCAGACAGUGGAAAUGGAUGAUGGGAGGUCGGGGUAUGUUGGCUCAAAGGUGGAUCUCCGCUGUCGGUUCAUCAACAGCUUCCCGCCCGUCAAAAUCUCCCAGGUAACGUGGCAGAAACUGGUGAAUGGCACCAAGCAGAAUGUGGCCAUCGCCAACCCGUCCCUGGGUGUGUCUGUGGCCCCGCCCUUCAGGGAUCGUGUCACCUUCAAGAAUGCAGCGGUGAAGCGACGAACUCCGACCCUUGAAGACACCACCAUCACAUUCUCCCCGCUCCGCCUCUCUGACGAGUCCACGUACAUCUGCGAAUACACCACGUUCCCUGCAGGGAACCGAGAGAACACUGUAAACCUCACUGUCCACGUUCGCCCAACAACGCAGAUGAGUCUGUCCACGCCGACACUGGUGGCUCGAUCGGCCAAUCUGAAAACACCGGUGGCCACCUGCAUCUCUGCCAAUGGAAAACCGCCUGGUAUCAUCAGGUGGGAGUCGAAGGUGCCAGGAGAAGCGACCACUCGAGAGUACAGAAACUCAGACGGGACGUUCACCGUUCAGAGUGACUACAUUCUGGUGCCAAACAAAGAAACACACAGGGAGACGCUCACCUGCGUCACCACCUACAACGAGGAGGUCUUCACUGACAGUGUCACCCUCGAUGUCCAGUAUGAACCAGAUGUGUCGGUGGACGGGUUUGAUGGAAACUGGUAUCUGACUCGGGAAAACGUCCAGCUGAGCUGUACUGCUGAUGCCAACCCAUCCGUCUCUCUGUAUCAGUGGAAAGUGAUAAAUGGCUCCAUACCGAACAAUGCAGAGAUCCGCGACAACGUGCUCGCCUUCAAAGGACCGGUCACAUAUGACCUGCAAGGCACCUAUGUGUGUGAUGCAACCAACAGCAUCGGGACACGAUCGGCCUCUGUGGAGAUCAGCGUCAUAGAAAAGCCUCUACCCCAGAUCGCGUCCGGUGAUGUCAUCAGUGUCGUCGCCUUAUUACUGGCCGCUGGAGUGCUCAUGGGCAUUACUGUCACAGUUCUGGUGCUGAAAAUCAGAAGUAGAAAAGACAACUCCCCAAAUGAUUCCCCGUCCACGAAACUGUCCCAGCCGAUAAGGAAAAGACCAGGAGAUGAUAUCCAGCAUUCGGGACGAUUUUAUGAAGAGCUUCCAAACACAGCAGAUUAUGUGAGCUACAGACUGGCCUGUAACAAGGAGGAUUACCCGGAGCCCUACUCCCCUCCCAUCAACCCUCCCCUGUCGUUUCUGCCCCAGCACCCCUACCACUCUCCACAACCAACCACUGCAACCACCAGCAGCAGCAGCACCAGCACGUCAAAAAACACCUUCUCUCCUCCGUCACUCACCACGGCCAUCUUCAAAUACCCCUCUGUACCGGGCCUGUCCUCCCCUCCCCCAGGAGUGGCGGCAUAUACUUUCCCCAAAGAGCAGUACGUCUGACUCGCCACAAACUCAAACCUUUCCAGUGAGCGCAGAUGAAACAACCCUGAUUCAAUCCCGAGCCUUUUCCGAAGAGGAGGUUGGAGAAGUAUGUUGAACCUUGGACCGUCAGGAGUUUGUAUUCGGCAUGCGCCCCUUGUGGGCGGCUAUGGAAUUCAAAAGACAAUGCAUCUUUUUAUUUAAUGGACUUGGAUCCAAGUCCAGUUUUGAAACAUUUUCUCUUUUUCGUAUCGUCUUUCACUGUGGUUACUAUUUUUUGAAAAGGGAAGAUUGUUGAACCAAGUUCUAGGUUAGAGGAAUAUGUUUAUAUUGCAUUGAUGUAUUACAUAUGAAAGGAGAAAAACUUGUAUGGGAUGUAUGGGAUUAUCUCUUAGUGUCUGAUGUGGUUGCGUCCUUACUUUAUCCUCCAUGAUAUCAUUUUGUAAAAAACAAAAAAACAACAAAAGUUAUUACCCUACUCUGUCUCUCCUGACCUCCCGUUAUCCUGUGUUGUGCACACUGACAAUCUCUUUUACUGAGGAGCUGCAGACCUCACUCAGUUUGGUUGUACCUUCUGUCCUGUGUUAUGCUUUUACUGUGCUUGUAUUUUCUAUCAUUUAUGUUUUUCUUUGCAAAGAAAACAACAUUUUUAUUUACUGAAGAGAGUCAAUGUUUUUAUUUGUGCAAUCUGUGGGUUUCUAGUAUUCAUUGACACUGGCUGUUGGAUGAACCGUGGAUUUUCAGCAUGUACUGUAAAUAAAAGUCGUCAUGUAAACUUA